UGUUUGUAUAUGUCAAAAAUACGUGUUUGUUUUCGUGCUUCACGAAUUUUACGAUUCUGAAAAGAUUCGAAAAAUGGUCUUCUUGGCGAUUAUUCGCCUUAAUUAGUAAUUAUUAAGUCUUUAAUUUAGUGAAUAAAUAUUAGAGAAUAAACGCACUAAACCAAACUAUGUCAGAUAAAGAAGAUUCUACCAAAAAUUUUGAUAAAAAGGUGCUAGAUGACGAAGCAUUAGAAAAACUGGCUGUUGAAGAGUUAAUGCGGGAAGCUGUCCAAGGCGCCGCCAGAGCCGAAUUAGUGGGUCCCUCCGGCUGGAUUAAAGCUCCACAACAAAAAACCAAUAAACGCUUCCUCGUCAACACGCUGCGGAAUGCAGUGAGCUCCAACAAAUACCAUCAUUCCAAAACCUACAAACGUUCUCUUAGCAAAUCACCAAAGCGUGAAUCCUACCCUAAACCCACCAUUAAAAAGGACAAAUCGAAGAAAAAGCACUAAGAUGGCUGAAUACGACGUACAGAGUAUGUUAAAUAAUAUAUUUGAUAUUGACGAUUUGAAUACCUGGAAACCAUCAGAAAAAAUUCUUCUUGUAAUUAAGGAAAUAGACACAAUUAAAAAUGAUACAAAAACCUUUUUGGGUAAUAGUGAUCAUGAUUUAGAUGCAAUUUUGAAGGAGAGUCUUGAGUUGACACAGGAGAGCAAGUCUGUGGUAGAUGACAUGGAACAAUGUAGACAAGAAAUCGAACAAGAAACUAUGGCUGAAGUACUUCGGUCUAUUGAGAGCCAUGACUAUAUCACUAAGGAGUUACAGUCUGUUGAAUUUGCAUUAAAUAUUGUAAGUGAUGUGUUGCAAUGUGGCAAGUAUGUGAAGGAAUUCGAGGACGGUCGGCAGGCCUCAAGCUUUACCCGUGCCGUUGAAGCAGUGUAUGACUUACUGCAGUACAUUGAAUUGCCUGCUGAAGGCUUUAAAGAUCUCGAUUUAUACAGCAACACAAGGCACACCGGCCAACUAAUUUUAGAUAAUUUACUUCAUGAUUUAUAUGCCGAGUGGGAUAGAUUAGUUGUUACUGAUGUCAAAACUGGUAAUCGUAGGACUAUUGUUAACAUUACUCUUAACUUAGAUGAUUCAAGGAUCGUAUCUGAUAUCUUGAACGCUCUAGAAAAGAGCAAGAAACUGGCUGAAAAGGUAACUACAUUUUCACAGUUUCUAAUGAAAGAUGUAAUUCAACCGAUUAUUAAUAAUGAGUGCGUCGUUUUUGCUGAGACAGACGAGUUUAUGAAUGUUACUAUUAAUCAUAAACCAGAUUUCAAACCUACCUAUGAUGCAGUCAUUGCCAAUUUAAGACUGCUGUUCCAUUACCUCAGUAACAAGCUCAAUUUUGAAUUCAGAAGGGACAUGACCCUAAUGAAAAUGAUUGGGUCUCAGCUAAGUGUUGAGUUUAGGGACCUCUUGGUGAAGGACUGUCUCAUUCACACAAUACCGAAUAACAUUAAUGAGCUUCAGACCUAUGGUGUAAUUACAUCAGAAAUUGAAAAUUUCCAGCAUUUCUUAGCUAUGCUUAAAUUUUUCCCUGAUGAGAAUUUUUCAAUAUUGGAAUAUGUUAAUAAUAUUGAUGUUCUCUUUGCUGACAAGUCAAGUCAGUACUUCUUGGAGUCAGCCCGUCAGAUAAUGCUCAAAGAUUUGAGUGUGACCAUGUCAAUUGGUGUUGAAAAUAUACCAGAGGAUAAUGCAGGGUCCAGCUCAGCACCUGAUGAGAGUUUGGCAGAAGCACUAAAGAUUUUGGAUAAGACAAUCCCAAAGAGUCUGUUCUACUUCCCAAGGUGCAUGAUAUCUCGAACAGCCCAAGAGCUGCUGGAUCUGGUGUAUGUGAUGAUGGAGCAAGCGGUUCAAUGCUCGGAUGUGGUGUCCAAGAAAUUGUACAACACUACUCGCCUCGUCUUUGAACUGUAUGAUGCAGUUGUUCCUUAUCACCAUGAAAAGUACUUGCAGACUAUACCCCAGUAUGUAGCUCUGUUCCACAACAACUGCAUGUACCUUGCGCACAACCUGCAAACGUUCGGUGACAAGUGGCUGAUCCUGAUGGAGGGCCGGGAGCUGGACUACCCCAUCAGCUUCGUGGACCUGGUGCCGCGCCUGCGCGAGCUGGGCUGCCGGCACCUCGCCGCGCACAUGCAGCAGCAGCGGAAGCAGAUCCUCGACAACAUCAGGUCCUCGGAUCUGAACUGCAUCGUGGUGAAGGACGUCCUCGGCGACAACGCGGAGGCGGCCGUGCGCCAGUGCCUGCGCCAGCUGCACCUGCUCAAGAACGUCUGGGUCGGCAUCCUGCCCAACAACGUCUUCACCAGGUUGAUGUCAACUCUAGUCAACAUGUUUGUUGAAGAGCUGAUCCACCGCGUGUGCACGGUGGAGGACAUCUCCAUGGAGAUGGCCAGCCAGCUCACCGACAUGUACUCCGUCGUGGUGCAGAAGGCGCCGCAGCUGCUGCAGAGCCCAUCGGACGUGGAAACCCACGUGGCGUCCUGGACCAAGCUGUCCCUCCUGAUCUUCGUCCUCGGCGGUUCCCUCAAGGACAUCGAGGCGCACUGGCGCGACGGCACCGGUCCGCUGUCCGUGCACUUCCGCACCGAGGAGCUCCGCAGCCUCAUCAAAGCCCUGUUCCAGAAUACACAGUUCCGCGCCAACUUGCUGGCCAAAAUUAAGUAAACAUGUAAUCCCCAGUCAUUUAUGUAUUUAUUACUAUCAAUAAAUAUUGGUGUUAUAUGGUCA